UUGACUCGCCGUUGAAGUUGUUUGGUUGAAUCGUUCUCCGGUUCAGUUUGAUGAGGACAUAGCAAGUGUAUACAAGUUUUGUUACCUUGAGUGUGUUCAUGUUGCAUGAUAAGUGUCCCCCGCGUUAUGUGGCCCCAAACAGUUAUCAUGUAAACGCUUUUUUCGGUUAAUUCGAAUUGAUCAAGUCGCCCUAUUGUUAUUUUCCCGUCACGGAUCGAGUAUCCUCAGGUAGUGAGGAGUUGACUUUUGUUUUUUUCCGUCGUGUCAAAAAACCACGUUUAAAAUUUUCGCGAUUUAGUGUGUGUUAAGGACUUGGUAGCGAAAUGCUGGGAUUUAGUACUUCACGUGACGGCCUUUUGCAGCUGUCGGAGGAACAGCUGGCGGCCGUUGUGCACAAGGAGCCGAUUUUGGACCACUAUGGGGUGGAUAAGACACCACUUGGCAGGGGCAAAUAUGCGACGGUGUGUCGUGCCGUGCACAAGGAGACCGGGGUGGAAUACGCGGCGAAAUUCGUGAAGAAGCGACGCCGCAACCAGGACCAAAUGAAGGAGAUCAUUCACGAGAUCGCUGUUUUGAUGCAAUGCUCGUCGACGAAUCGCGUGAUUCGUCUGCACGAAGUGUACGAAUCGGCCACGGAGAUGGUGUUGGUGUUGGAAUUGGCCGCUGGCGGCGAACUUCAACACAUCCUCGAUGGUGGACAGUGUCUCGGCGAGGCGGAGGCCCGCAAAGCGAUGAAACAGAUCCUAGAUGGUGUGUCGUUUCUGCACGAGAGAAACAUCGUGCAUUUGGAUCUAAAGCCGCAGAAUUUACUGCUCUCAAUCGAGGAUAACUGUGAUGAUAUCAAGCUCUGUGAUUUUGGGAUAUCGAAGGUUUUGGAGCCCGGUGUUAAAGUACGGGAGAUUAUAGGUACUGUAGAUUAUGUAGCGCCGGAAGUGCUUAGUUAUGACCCGAUUUGUCUCUCGACGGAUAUUUGGUCGAUUGGGGUCUUGGCGUAUGUGCUCUUGUCGGGGUAUACGCCGUUUGGGGCCGACGAUAAGCAACAGACUUUUCUUAAUAUAUCAAAGUGUGCCUUAUCUUUCGAACCAGACCAUUUCGAGGAUGUUUCUUCGCCGGCUAUAGACUUUAUCAAGAGUGCCUUGGUAACGGAUCCCAGGAAGCGUCCAACCGUUCAUGAGUUGUUGGAGCACCCGUGGAUUUCGUUAAAGUGCCCCCUUUUGCCGGCGCUGCCGCUGAAGUCCUCCGAUUCGGUUCCGACAAUCAAAAGCAUCUCAGAGACGCCGAAGUCGCAAAGGAAAACAUUUUGCUCAGACACUUUAAGCGGAAGCUUAAGUACGUACACGGUAUCGAGUAACUGCCUUUGUCCGCAAUGUGGAACGGCUUGCCGUCAUCUGACACACACACCAGUGCCCAAAACCGCUAUCACCGUCGAUAGAGGCAUUCUAUGCGUACCAAAAAUGUACAACGGCAUCGGUUUGCAAACCCCCCGCGGUUCCGGGACCAACGGCCACGUCCAGCGCAACUGGGCCCUCGUCAAGCCCCGCGAGAAGGAGAAAACGUACAAAACCGAGCAGGAAUUGUGCAAUUUGGACGUGGCGAGUCACAAGCCGCCCAACCAGGAGAUUCUGGACCACGAGAAGAAGCGGAAGAUCGAGUUAAAGUGCGCGGAAUUCGCGGAUAUCCUCGAGGAACAGGGUUUUUCGCAGGAGGCGAUCAACAACAAAGUGGGCAACUACCGGAAGCUUCUGAUGGGCCAAGGGGGCAAGCUGGAACGACCUGUCACUCAUUGGGGGCGUCCCGCUGUCACGGAGACUCAUCAAGUGGCCGAAGCCCAACAAGAGAAGAAUGCGAGGCUUCGCGAAGCCUUCGGAAUUUCGGAAUAUUUCGUAGAUGGCAGCAGUUUCGAUCCGGAUCGUGAAGCCAAAGAGAAAGUCGCACGUACGAAUGCGAUACAAGAAAAGGAAAAACAGAAAGCUAUAGAAGAAGAAAAGAAGAAGGAGGAAGAGAAGAAGAAGGAUAAAGAGGCGACGAGAUACGAUUUGGUGCAUACACCGAGUCCGGAACCGGAAGUUAAGAGUGUGAAGAAGAAGAAACGUAAACGUAAAGAGAGUACGUCGAGUGAAGAACCGAAAAAGAAGAAAAAGUCUAAAAAGAAGAAGAAAGAAAGAUCCAGCAAAGUGAAAAACAAGAAGAAGUCGAAGAAGAAGCGUCGCCGAUCGUCGGCAUCGAGCGAUUCGAGCGAUGAUUCGGACUCGGAGUCGGAAAAAUCCGACGAUUCGAGCAGUGAAGAAGAGAAGAAGAAAAAGAAAAAAGUGAAGAAGAAAGAGAAAAAGAAAGCAAAUAAGAAGAAGAAGCAUUCGACUUCUGACAGUUCACGAGAAAGUUCUCCUGAACCGAAAAAAUCGAAAAAAACAAACGACAAAAAUAAAGAAGAACCACGAAACAAAUCACCGUCACCUAAACGUAAACCAUCCCCCCCACCACCACGUGUAGACAAAAGACGAUCUCCAACGCCGCCUAAAACAAAAACGCGUCGUAGUCGAUCGCCUCGUCGUCGCUACUCCCGAUCUAGAGACCGUAGAGAUUACCAUCACAGUCGCAACAAUUACCACCGAAGGUACGAUGAGCCCAAAAGGCGUCCAGACAGUCGACGAUCGCGAUCGAGAAGGUCACGUACGAGAUCGCCCGAGCGUCGCCGAAAAUCCCGCUCGCCUGUCAUUAGACGUACGAAAACACCCGAGCGGCGGCCUAAAUCGCCCGAACGUCGUCGGAAAGAGCCGAAAGUGCAGGUGAAAGAGCCCGAAGUGAGGACACCACCGCGGAAACAGCCGAGUCAUUCCGGUUCGGAUUCGGAGCGGCGAAAAAAAAAGAAGGAGAAGAAGCCGUUGCCGGUGGUGAGGUUGAGGUCGUCGAGUGACGAGGAGCCGCCGGUGGGCGAUGUGAGAGAGGAGGAGGAAGAGGAGGAUAAGGAUUUGAGGAUGUUGAGGUUGUUGAAGUCGGGCUUGGCGGCCAAGGCGAAAGAGAGUUUGCAGAGGAAGAUGCCGAAGCCGGUGUUUGAGCCGAAGAAGAGGUCGCCGAGCCCGAAAAUGGCCGAGAAGAAGAGCAUCGAAUCGGAUGUGUUUGAUAUUAAGGUUUUGCCGUUGAAGAGGGACAAGUCGAAGAGCGAGAGUCGGGAGAAGGAGGUCGAUAAGGAUAAGUUUGAUUUGAGCAAUGCGAAUGGGAAGGCGAGGAGUGCCAGCUCGAGCAAGUCGAGGUCGAGGAGCACCUCCAGGUCGAGUUUUCGGUCGUCGUCGUCGAGCAGCAGUCGCUCCAGGUCGGGCUCCAGGUCCGCGUCGAGGAGCAGAAGUUCGAGCUCCGAUUCGGACAGCUCCUCAAGUUCGAGUAGCGCAUAUAGGUCAAGAUCACCUUCGAUUCCUAGACGGCAUGGUUCCCCCAGCUUCCUCGACAGGAGAAGAAUCACGAGCGCAAGGAAGAGGCCUAUUCCGUAUCAUAGACAGACUCCGAGUUCGCCCUCUUCGGAGAGUAGUUACAGUGGGAGUCCUUGGUGCUCCCGGAGGAGGUCGACGAGUCGGUCGAUCAGCCCUUCGUCUAGGUCCCCAUCGCAUUCUCCUCUUCAUUCACCACGAUCACCUUAAUUAGUGCAAUAAUUGGCUUUUAUUCAUUUCUAACACUUACUAACGAUGACAACCCUUAGAUAAUCACGAUUAUGAUUCUGUGGUAAUUGUUGGUGGACAUGAUGUAAUAUAAUACUUUCAGUUUCAGCCUUUGUGCAAUUUUUCUAGUCAAAUGAUAUUUUGUGAUAUUUUUGCUGUUAUUUAUUUAUUUAUUUCGACUUAUUAUUUAUUGUAGAACAAAGUAUUGUAAACACUAAUAAAAU